AGUCGAUGAGUGGCAAUGGCUACAUCUGCGGCACCAACUACAACAACCUCGUCCGUUUUCUCGUUGGGAAUGUCGGACACCACUGGACAGUCCGUUUCCAGUACAACGAGGUCCGGGGCCAGUCAGAUGGCGGGCUUGCAGUCCAACUCGCCGCCUCCACGCACCAGGGAGCAAAUGGAGCUCCAACAAGUAGAGCGGAUCCGCUUAAGGCUAGAGGAGGAACUUAAGAAAGCUACCGACAGGGAGAAUGAGAUCAGAAAUAGAAGUAUCAGACUAGAGAGUAAAGAGGCAAACAAAGCUGCAUUAGAGAGGUUAGAUGACUCGGCCCUCAAAGACACCGCAAGGAUUCUUAAGGCGAGCAUCCUAUCCAUGCACGCACACAUGGACAACAAACUGGACGUUAUCCAGGACACCUUGGACCAGAUCCUGAACGCCAUGCACAGCCCAGGAGUCAGGCCAGCAGCUUUGCCAUUGCUGCCAUUCUCAACGAUGACAUGCCCUUAUCUGCCUCAGUCUGGUACCACACCAAGCGGUAUAUCAGCAGCAGUAGCACAGACUGCUGCUUCUUCAUCUUCUGGUCCAGCGGCUGGAGCUACACCACAGCCGCCACCUAUCCCACCAGCGGGACAGCAACAGCCUUGGUACCCCAAGACCCCACUGAAACCACCUCCAACCUUCUCAGGAGACAAGAAGGAUGAGGCUCUCGACACUUGGUUGAGAACGAUGCCAGUGUGGGUGAGGGCGAAGAGGACAUUGGUGGAGGAGGAAGUGAUAACUGUUGCUUCCUAUUUAGAGGGAUCAGCAGCUAACUGGCUAAAUGGAUUGGUGGCCUCAAAGGGAUUCGGCAGGAACAUGGAGUUCAUCCCUUUGCCAGGAGAAGCCAGAGUUCCUGCCAUACAUGCAGCAUUUGCUGACAGGUCAGACAAAGAAUGCCAGUUCAGCUACAACUCGUCAUUGGGGGUAACAAUCUCCACAGUGAACCCAGGCGAAGGACGAGUUGGUGACAUGUUUGUGAUUUCAGGGUCGGGAUUCUCUGCUGUUCCCAGUGAGAAUGAGGUGUUGAUUGGCAGUGCUGCCGCAGAGGUGCUGGGAGCAAAUUUUACAAAUAUCAUUGCAAAGCUGUCACCCGAUGCAAAGGGAGGUCCAUCAAGUGUGAUUGUUACUGUGAAUGGACGGGGGGUUGCUGUCAACAGCGGAUCACCUUCCAAUACCCGAGUGUAUGCACAAGUGCUGUCUGUGACAGAUGUGCAGCCUCGGUCCGUUUCAGCUCAAGGAAACACCAUGGUCACGGUUUCAGGUGUUGGCUUUGACUCUUCACCACCUGAGAAGAUCUCAGUUAAGAUAAACAAUGUCACCUGUGGGGUGUUGCCUUCAACUGUUGUUCGGACCUCAAUGGUUUGCAUCUCUGGUCCAACAAUUCCGACCACAUCUGCAGUGCUUGAAAUUUCCAUGCAGUUUGUCUCAGGGGAACCAGAAGUGGCGAGCUUUUCGUCUAUGUCAGUUGUGAGCUCUGCAGUGCCUUGGAUCAGCAAUUUUGGGCCUCCUUCGCUUAGGGCAGCUUGGCCAGACAAACUGACUAUCUCGGGAGGUGGGUUCGGCUCAAUUGAUUCCACCAUUGUUCAGAUUGAGGAGUAUCCCUGUGGGAUUGAAACAAUUACAAGUAACCAGAUCGUCUGUCAACCUGCUAUCAUCAAGCCUGGCAGCUACAAUGUCAUGGUUACACUGAAGACGCCUGAUGGAACCAUCACUACUCGAUCAAAUUCCAGAGUAGAAUGUUUUUUUGAAUUUUUGCUCUCUGAGGAUAGAAAGGACUUGGCGGAGAUGUUGAAGGUGGGACUCGAAGGUGAGGCUAUAGACAGGGAUAUCAUCGAGGUAAACAACGACACAAACUUCGAGGAGGUCACGGAAGAUGUGGUUCAUGGUGGAUUGGAAUGUGGCGGGGGCGUUGGUGAGUCCGAAGGGCAUCACAAGGAACUCGUACUGCCCAAAGCGAGAACGGAAUGCGGUCUUGUGAGUGUCCUCCUCGCGAAUGCAGAUCUGGUGGAAGUCACUGCGGAGGUUAAUUUUGGUAAAAUAUCUGGCUCCACGGAGGCGAUCAAGAAGCUUGGAGAUCUGAGAUAUGUCAUCAUGCGAAAACGAGCCGCGAGGUCAAUGGUGGCAUCGGGUGCUGGUGUUUGCUCGCCUGCGAGGUUGCGGGCGAUGCUGUCGACGGGGUCGGUGCGGAUGCCAGACAUAUCAAUGCUGGAUAAUUGGGCCAUGGUGGGGGAGGGAGCAGUGGUAGCGGAGGCUAAGGAGCUAGCAGCAGAUGAGGUGGAGGCCGCGGCGGCAGCGGCGGCUUCGGCGGCUGCGCUUUGAGAGUUCCUGAUUGAGCGUGGCAUGCCCCGGGGGGGGGGGGGGGGGGAGUUCCUAUUUACAAGAGCAUCAAAAGAAGAUUAAAAAAAUUGCAAAAUUAAAGUGGAUUAAUUCCGAUUCGAAUUAAUUAAUGUUAUUCAAGGUUAAUUCCAGAACACACCUUGGGAAGAAAUUCAAGAAGAAUCUUGCAAAACGAAAAUUUCCGAAAAAUUUUGCUGAAAAUAUGGAAAAAGGGAAAAGCAGAUAAUUAAUUUCGAAGAAAAAUAAAUUCCGAUUUGGGUUUAAUUUUUCGAAAUUAAUUUUGGGGUAUGGUUUUGCAAGAACGUGAAAAUUUUGAGAAAGGAUUUAAAUAAUGCUAAAAUAUCGCCGAGUUUUAAGAAAGGAAAAAAAAGAAUUGAUCACAUGGCGUUUUCAAAUUUCAAGAAAUUUUUAAAAAAUAAAAAAGUGGAAUUUUAUGAAUUAAGAUAUUCAAGAAAGAGAAUUAAUUAAAAUUAUUUUUGAAUUUCAAAAAAGAAAUAUCGAAAAAGAAUUUAAUUAAUUCCAACGUAUUUCAAAAUUUUCAAAAAAGAAUGAAUUAAAACUAGUUUC